UUCUCAUCUCACGCUCUCUUCUUCAUGAUAAACUGCUUCCUUUUGAAAGUGUCAAACAUCUGAAACAUGUUCGUCCUGAGAGCUGCUCAGGUACAGCUCUCACCCUGAUGCCUCUUCAUGUUAGAUGUUGCUCCGUGGCUGGCCGAUUAUGACAGAUUAUUUCCAGAGAUGUGGCCGAGGUUGCACACCUCCGUUACUUGGAGACCGUCAGCAAUGUCUGCGGAAAGUUUCUCUCCUCGGAUGGAAGAAGUUUUGAGACAAAGCAGUUGCCACGGGACUGCUUUCUUUUCUGUUUAGUGGUGAUGGAGGAACACAGGGUCUGAGUGACACAAUGUCUUUGGGGGAGUUCAUCGAGCUCCGCGACCUGAGGCACAGCAAAGUGCAGGUCGAUCUGACCGACACACAUUCACCAUGCUCACCUCCUCGCCUGGAGAGAACCAACGCACUGAGGAUCAACUCAGCGAAGGUCCCUGAUCUGCUGAGCCGGGUGGGCAUCAUCAGAGUCCUAAGCAGCACUCACGACCCCCAGCUCCCUGAGGGGAAGGGAGAAGGACACAAUUUCCAACCCUGCAGCCAUGCUCAGCCUACGUGGUGCGACCUGUGUGGAGACUUCAUUUGGGGCCUUUACAAGCAGAGUCUGCGGUGUGUCAAUUGUAAAUUUACUUGCCACUACCGCUGUCGUGUGCUGAUUCAGUUGGACUGCAGCUGGGACCGAGCCUCUGUGGCUGACCACGCGUGUGUUGUCGAACACACCAUAGAAACAGACACAAAUGUGGAUGAACAAAUUGUAUCAGGGAAGCAGGAGUUGUCAACUGCAGAUAUCCAGGUGAAGUUGAGGGAAUACAAUGCUCAAAUCAACAGCAAUCUGUUCAUGAACAUGAACAAGGAUGGUUCCUACACUGGCUUCAUAAAAGUGCAGUUUAAGCUGGCACGACCGGUGUCAGUUCCAACGCCAAAGAAAGGAGCACAUGAUGCUGGAGCGAGGAAGUCUGCGGGAGUGAAGCGCCGCACCUCUUUCUACCUGCCAAAGGAUGCAUCCAAGCACCUGCACAUCAGCUCUCGCACUUCUGCUCGUGAAGUCAUCGAGGCUUUGCUGAAGAAGUUUACUGUGGUGGACAAUCCUGGCAAGUUUGCUCUGUUUGAACGCAGCGAGCGCCAUGACCAAGUUUAUCUUCGUAAGCUGCCUGAUGAUGAGCAUCCCCUCCGCCUGCGUCUGAAUGCUGGACCCAAUGAGAAAGUCCUGGGGUUUGUUCUGAAAGAGAACGAAACUGGAGAAGUCAAUUGGCAUGCCUUCUCCAUGCCCGAGUUGAAGAACUUCCUGCGUAUCCUGCAGCGUGAAGAAGAGGAGCACGUCAAGCAGAUAGUGCAGCGUUACGCCCUCGCCCGCAUCAAGAUGCAAGACGCGUUGGAUGGCUCCACUCCUGGUUGAGACGACUCUGCGCACGGGGUUUGAACGUGCACCUCUUGGCUGGACCAUCACCUGAUGAUGAUGAUGAUGAUGACCAGUCAUCGCUGCAUCCAAAGAUCCCAGAUAACACAACUCAAAAACGCCUCUUCGGUGAACGAGAGAGUGAGAAUAGGGCGCAAGACAAUGAGAGAGAGCUAGCGCGAAUGUGCGUGUGAGAUGAUGCGAAAGAUGAGAAUUGCCUUACACCUGGAGAGUCUGAUGUGCCUGAGAGAAUGAGUUGCGAAAAAAUGAAGACUGGCAGAUGAGACGGCGGGUGUAUCCAUUAAUGUUUUUCAUUAUUGGGUACCAUCUGAUAAUCCUGUGAACCUCAGUUGUGUCACUUUAACUUCAUAGAAAAUAUCAGUGAUGAUUUUCCUAUUUUACAAUAUUGAAAAUGUAUUUGGCAAUCGUGCAAUUUUAGAAAUAGUGCUGGAGUUGAGCACUGUGUUCCAUUCCCAACAUUUUUGUAGAAUACAAAAUUGGUAACGUGUGCCAUCAAGUUUAGAUACGUUCAGUCUAGUCCCAGAACAAACUAGGCUGGAUUAAUAUCCAUCAUUGUUCCUAUACACUCGUUGAUACAACUUUACCAGACUGCAUGUAGCCUGCUAACCACUAAUCACUUGACCAGGCUGUCAAAAAUAAAGAAAACAGAGACUUAAUUUUUUGGAAACAUGUUUUAUUUAAUUUUGAUUAGAUAACACUGCUGUCUGGUAGAAACCUCGUAACGCCAGAUUUUGUUUUGGAUAUAUUAGUUUUCAGACAGUGAAGAUAAUUGUUACCAUCACGAGAAAGAGUCUAGCCCUGUGUCGUUUUGCUGAGGAGCCCAACAGUAAAAAAUGCACACAUUUUUUUUACUCCCACAAUUGAGGGCCCCUUUCUCCUCAAGGGCGCCUGGGCAUUUGCCCAGAUUGCCUGUAUGGUAGAUCCAGCCAUGAGAACAACACCCCUACAAGCCAAAAUCAUCUUGAUGAGAAUAUCAUUUUGUCAGAAGUUAAAUACAAUUGAUUCAUAGCUGAAGGUAUAAAUGGAUUUUCAUUAGACCCCGUCUCCAAAGUCUGCCUUGUCCUCUGAAUACCCCUGAUGGGUGCAACUCCUUUUUUUUAUUUUAAUGUCAAUUUGUGAGUAUGACUGUUGUAUGGACAUUUGUAUGCAGUUAUGAAUGUCAGAGAGAGCGGUGUCAGAGUCACUCUGGUUGACUGGAAUCUUGAAUGAAUUUUGAUAUACAUGUUUCACUGACUGGAAGCUGUUUUGUAAGUCUUUAUAUUUGUUUUUCUGCCUUUUUAACAAUUGUUUGUCUAACGUUUUUCCUCAGUUCACUUUCAUUGUAUCCGUCUAUGCACAAAUGUACAUGUAGCAGCCUUCACAAUGUCGUGAUUAAUGUGC